AUGAGUGGCUGGAAUGAAGCGCACGAUCCUGAGGGUCGGACAUAUUACUAUCACGCAGAAACUGGAGAAACUACAUGGGACAAACCCAGUGAGCUUUACACUGAGCUAGAGCAGCAACUUGAUAAACAUGGCUGGAAAGCUGGAGAAACAGAAGAGGGACAAAUUUAUUAUUACAACCAGGAAACUGGACAGUCCAGCUGGGAAGUGCCGACAUUUCCGGAAUCUACAGAAUCGCAACUGGAAGUCCCAGCUCCAGUCUCAGUUCCAGCACCUGCUAACGAUGAUGUAGUGACAGAAACUGCUACAUCCACGAAGACAGAGACAUUGGACACCACGAUCCAGGAUGCCAGCGCUUCGAAAAACGUGGAAUCAUACCCUUUGCAAUCGAAGCUUAUUGAGUCUGCCACAAAAUCUCGAACUGACGCUGAACGAGCUUUCCUGCAAAUGCUGGCUGACCAUCAAAUCGAUUCCACCUGGUCAUUUAAUAGAAUUAUCUCCGAGCUUAGCUGCUCAGAUCCACGCUACUGGUGUGUUGACGACGAUCCACUGUGGAAAAGAAAAAUGUUCGAGCAGUAUCUGGCCAACAGAUCCGAAGAUCAGCUUCUCAAAGAGCAUUCCGCGGUCAACAAGUUUAAGGACGCUUUUCGCACAAUGCUGGAACAAAACUCUAAGAUUCACUUCUACACAAGAUGGACAACUGCAAAGCGCCUAUUCGCGAACGAGCCCAUCUAUAAGCAUUCUGUGGUGAGCGAAAAAACGAAGCGUACGGUCUUUCAGGAGUAUGUGGACGACCUUAGAAAGGAACAUUUUGGAAAUGUGGAAAAGACGAGGCAACGAGCCCUUUCAGAAUUGCAAGACUAUCUAAAUGCGAUAAUUCCCAACAAGGAGCAAUUGAUACCAUGGCAGGAACUUUCCAGCAAAUACCUUUUCGAAAACAGUACGCGGUUUACCUCCAACCGACAUUUUCAAACCCUAUCGAAGCAUGACGUUUUGAAACAAUACGUGGCUAUGGUGGAAACUUUCUCGAAGCAAAUCAUGGACGAAAUAGAGCGAACUAAGGCGGCCAACUACACCGCUGACCGCAAGGCCAGGGAUCGCUUUCGACAUUUGUUGAGUGAACACAGCAAAUUGAUAAGGUGCAAUUCCAAAUGGGAAGAUGUUUACCCACUGAUCAAGUCAGAACCGAGAUUCAAGGCACUACUGGGAAGAAACGGCUCUUCUGCGUUGGAUCUGUUUUUAGACGUUGUCGAAGAAAAAGCGCUGGUCAUGAAUGCACACCACAGUGUUGCCAGCCAAAUCUUGGUUGAUAAUAACUACGAAUGGGAUGCUGACCGAGAGAUCAACACGAAGAAACUAAACGAACUACUGAGGGUCCAUGCACAUUUAUUAGAAAUUGACGAUCCCGACCGAGAGAUUUUGAUCUCAAAACUUCUGACUGAACGCGAUCAGAAACUGGCUCGCCAAGCAGAGAUGGAGCAUAGAUUGCUGGAGCAACGUAAAAACUAUUUCAACUUUCUACUGCAACGUGUGUUUUCGGAAGCCAGACCCAAACCAGCUAGUUUUGACGAGGCACAGGAGCAGCUCAAAAAUUACGCAGAAUACAAAGAUUUGGCCGACGAAGAGACCAAAAGACGCUUAUUCGAGGCUUUCGAACCCAGUAAAACAGCAUCGCAACUGGUUGGUAGCACCGGGACUCCCAAUGCGCCCCCUCCUGCGUCAAAACUGCCGCGAAAGCGUCAAAUGACGCCCGUGGAGCUCGACUAUUAG